UAUCUGCUCAUACUUCCCUGCAACGAUGUACCGGUUUCAACUACAGCGUCACUUGCACCUAUUUGACUACACGAAGGACAAUGGCAGAAAUUACCAAGACGGGGUGGUCGUAGAUAAAGAAGGCCUGGUGUAUCCUAUGUUCUCGCAGACUUAUCCUUACUCAAACGGACCCAUUUUUAUGCCGAAUAUACGCUUACUCCAGGAAUUACUCUGGAACGAGUGGGACGUCUAUGAAGAGGAGGUGGAAACUGGGGAGAUUCAGCCAGCUGAUCCGCAGGUGAUUUGUAUUCAGAAAGACAGGACCCAGGAGUCAAGAUUCCCAUAGGAUGGAACUAUCUCUGACAUGUUGCUCUGUUGCAGAUACUGGCAUACCACCAACUCUGGUCCUCUACCGUGAAGAGCCAUAUUGGUAUUCUCUUCAGCCUUCGCGGCCUCUACAGCUGGAUGACUUCAAUAAGGUGCUAGACAAUUUUUACUCAGAGUAUGCGACGUUUAUGAAUGCGGUGGAAUGGAUGGAUAAGUUUCGAUACCAUACAGCUCUUUUAGACGAUAGGGUAGAGGAGUUAUUCCGGCAGUGGGGUAUUGAACUGUUGCCAUAUUUGCGAGACAGGUCUAACAGUUUACAUCCCUAUACCAUAAAUAACCACCUGCUCUGCUUCAUCCUCACUCGCAUCAUCAAAGCCUGUCAACCCCCGGAGAAUUUGCAGCGCCUCUUCAACGUCCUCAUCCUUCCAGGGCUUCAACGUAUAACUCAGCAUGAAGUUCGUCCAUCCGCCGUAGCUCUUGAUGAUGUUUCUCUCUGGGGGGAGGGGUAAGCGGUGGUUCUAGCAUUAGAAUUGAUUGAUUAGCUUGUUAUCAGGUAACAACGAGUAUGCAGGUAUGUGGCUGGGAUCAUACGAAGGGCGUCGGUAGCAGGAAUUUUGCUUUGUGUUUUUUGGUUCUGGUAUGAGGGUUGAGAUUGUG